UGUACUAAUGGAAGUUGAGACGACUCCAGGUGCUAAAGAAAGAAAAUUUGAGGUAAGUUUCACCAAAAAACAUAUUGUGAAAGCAUUUAAUAUUUCCUCCUUACCCAAAUCAAAUAUCUUAACCCUUUCGAAUUUAGACUUACUCUCUGGUCGAUUUCCUGUAACUUACUUUUAUUUCUAUCAAAACCCAUAUGCGAAUAAUUCGCUCACUAUAACUGACAAGCUCAAAAGCUCUCUCGCUAUUACUCUUGAGUACUAUUAUCCCUUCGCUGGUCGAAUUGUUCAAAAUCCAUAUACUAGUGAGCCCCAAAUCAUAUGUGACAAUUCUGGUGCUCUUAUUAUGGAAGCCGAAGCUAAUAUUCCAUUGAAAAUGUUGGAUUUCUACAAUCUAAAUGAGUCUCUUGAAGGGAAACUAGUAUCAAUCAAUCCUGACUUCCCUCUCCAAAUCCAAGUCACAUACUAUACAUGUGGAGGUAUUUCUAUUACGUUUACCUUUGACCAUGCCCUCGGGGAUGCCUGUGCCUUUGGUAAGUUUCUUCUCUCAUGGUCCCAAAUAGCUCAAAAUAAGCCCAUGCCAUGUACACCGAACCAUAAGAGGAACCUCUUUGCACGUAACCCUCCUACUUAUCACCCUUCUUUAGAUCAAAAUUUUGUCAAGUGUACCAUGGAAGAAAUAAUAAACAUACCAACUCCAAAAGUGUUGCUUAAGAGACUGUAUUAUAUACACGCGUCGAGCAUUGAUUGGCUACAAAGCCUCGCCAGUGUGGGUGGUAAGAAGUGCACGAAGAUUGAGGCAUUCUCGGCCUACGUGUGGAAAAUUAUGGUCAAAGCUAUUGACAAAAGCCAUGUUAUGUGCAAGAUGGGUUGGUUGGUUGAUGGACGUGAAAGAAUUUGCGGCGGAGAGAAGAAUUCAAUGUCAAAUUACAUAGGGAAUGUGCUUUCUGUGGGUUUUGGAGAAGCAAGAGUUGAUGAGUUGAGGCAUGGUUCCAUACCAAAUAUUGCGGCUAAGGUCCACGAAGCCAUUUCGAAAGUGACUAACGAGGCCCAUUUCAGGGACUUGAUUGAUUGGAUCGAGAGCCAUAGGCCUGGGCUAAUGCUGUCCAGGGACGUAUUGGGCCAAGGAGGCCCAGCUCUAGUUUUAUCUUCAGGAAGAAGGUUCCCAGUAGCUGAAUUGGACUUUGGGUUCGGUAGUCCAGUUCUGGGAACAGUGUGUUCCACAGUUGAGAAGAUUGGAGUCGCUUAUAUGAACCAAAGGCCCAGUGCGACCGGCGAUGGCUCAUGGACUGUGUCUGCCAUCCUAUGGCCUGAAUUUGCCUCUGCCUUGGAGUCGGAUCCAAUAUUUCAACCAAUGACAAGUCGUCAUCUUCACCUUUUCUAGAGAAAUGUAUUUGUACAUCUCUCUCUCUUAAUAUAUAUAUUGAAAAUUAUGUAUACUAAUAUAAAUUGUAAUAUGAAUGGAAUCGCAUGCCCCGCCCCAUUUUGAGUGGAAAACACGAAAGCUAUAAUGUAUCGUGUUGAAAACUACACAAAAUAUUUAACCAAUAAAUAAAAAAUUACAC